CCCAAUAAAAAAAUUCAAUCCCUCGAAAACUUAUUGGGAUAGGUUUCAAUCAGAGUAAUCCAAUGCUCAUCCAUUAGGUUUUCAACAAGAAAACCCCAAUCUUGAAUUUUAUUGUGCAUCGACCCCAAGAGUAAAAAAAUUCAAUCCCUCGAAAACUUUUUGGGAUAGGUUUCAAUCAGAGUAAUCCAAUGGUCAUCCAUUAGGUUUUCAACAAGAAAACCCCAAUCUUGAAUUCUAUCAAUAAGUUGGUGAUUCUAGAAAUUGAAAGAAAGAGAGAGAGAAUGAAUCUUGCAAUCCAUGGAAACCCAAUGAACCCAUCUCCAUUACGAACUCUCACUCUGCUAGAGAUGUGUCAAUCCAUGAAUGAAUUGCAUCAAAUUCAUGCCCAAACUAUUAUAACAGGCCUCAUCAAGGACACAUUUACAGAGAGCAAAAUUGUAUCUUUCUCUUUAAGUCCAAGACGUGGCAAUCUUUGCUAUGGUCGAUCGAUUUACGAUCAAAUUGAAAAACCGAAUUCAUUUAUAUGGUAUGCCAUGAUAAGAGCUUACUUUAAUGAUUCCAAUUCACAUGAAGCCAUAUCCCUCUUCAAUCAAAUGCUUCAUUUUGAAAAUCUUGAGUACAAAUUCUCAGUGCCUUUUGCUUUGAAAGCCUGUGGGGAACUGGCUGCCAUAAUAGAAGGCAAACAAAUCCAUGGGUGGGUCUUAAAGAACCACUAUAAUUCCGAUGUGUUUGUAUUGAAUGCUUUACUAAAAAUGUAUGUUGACCUUGGAGAGAUUAGAGUUGCGGGUCAAGUAUUUGAUAGGAUGGAUCAACAAGAUCUAGUUUCUUGGACUACCAUGAUUCAUGGGUACAUGAAGUUUGGAGAAUUGGAAAUAGCAACCAAUUUGUUCAACAGAAUGCCAAACAGAGAUAAAGAUUCAGUCACUUGGAAUGCGAUGAUUGAUGGGUAUGUAAAGUACGGAAACAUUAAAGAAGCAAGCAAAUUGUUUGAAGGGAUGCCUGAUAAGACAUUGGUUUCUUGGAAUUUAAUAAUAGAUGGUUAUGCAAAAGGUGGUGAUAUUGAAACGGCUAGAAAAUUGUUCAAUGAAAUGCCCAAAAGAGAUGUUAUCUCAUGGAAUUCUAUGGUAGAUGGGUAUGUCAAGUGCCGAAAGAUUGAAGAGGCAAAAGAGUUUUUUGAUCGAAUGCCUCAAAAAGAUGUUGUUUCUUGGACAAUCAUGAUUGCAGGUUAUGUACACAAUGAUCUGCCCAAAGAAGCAUUAAAACUCUUUCAAUGCAUGCUUAUAGAGAGAGAACGACCCGAUGAAGCAACAUUGGCUAGCAUUCUUAUGGCCAUCUCCAGUUUAGGGCUCAUCGAAGAAGGGAAGUGGGUCCAUUCCUUUAUGGGGAAACAUGGGUUUAAAGUGAAUGGUGUUCUUGGUUCUGCUCUCAUAGAUAUGUAUUCCAAAUGUGGCUACAUAGAACCUGCUCAUAAAUUGUUUACAGAUAUUGUACCCAAAACACUAGGCCAUUGGAAUGCCAUGAUUUCAGGCUUUGCAAUGCAUGGGCUAGGGAAAAUUGCACUGGAACUAUUCAAGGAAAUGGAGAGGUUGGGAGUAAAACCAAAUGCUAUUACUUUCAUAGCUAUUCUAAGUGCAUGUAGCCAUAGUGGCAUGGUUAGUGAUGGUCUUAUGUGUUUCCAAAUCAUGAGAGAGAGAUACGCUUUAGAGCCCAAGAUUCAGCACUAUGGAUGCAUUGUUGAUCUUUUGGCACGAGCUGGGAUGAUGAAAGAGGCACUUAGGGUUAUUGAGGGAAUGCCUAUGAAUCCCGAUUCUAUGAUGUGGAAAGUCAUACUUAGUGCUUGUAGAAAGCACGGUGAAGCAAAUUAUGGUGAAAGUGCGACAGAAAAGCUAAUGGAGCUUGAGCCAAAUGAUGCUAGUAUAUAUGUCCUUCUGUCCAAUAUAUAUGCAAUGGCCGGUCGUUGGGAGGACGUUGCAAGGACAAGGAUGUUAAUGAGAGAGAGAGGAUUGAGAAAGACUCCUGGUUGUAGUUCUAUAGUGAUUGGUGGUGUGCUUCAUGAAUUCUUGGCUGGUGGUGAUUCACACCCUCAAUACAAAGAGAUAGUCUCCAAAGUGGGGGAGGUUAUAGGGAAACUAAGAUUAGAGGGGUAUAGACCAGACUUGACCCAGGUUUUGCUUGAUGUUGAGGUGGAGGAGAAGGAGAACUCUCUGGGUUUCCAUAGUGAAAAGCUGGCCAUUUCUUUUGGGCUUAUAAACACAAAGAAAGGGAUGCCAAUCCAUGUAAUCAAGAAUCUUAGAGUUUGUGGUGACUGCCAUUCAUUCAUCAAACUUUUGUCUAUGGUUUAUGAUCAUGAAAUAGUUGUGAGGGAUCAAAACCGCUUUCAUCAUUUUAAGAAUGGGUCUUGUUCUUGUAUGGAUUUUUGGUAGCAUUACUAUCCAUUGCCUUGUGAUUACACUGUUCACAUUGGGAACUGUUAAUUUUUCCAUGGAACAAGAAAACUUGCGCGU